UAUUCACUAGCUACUGCUAGCUGCAAUCAGCUGCGGUUGAAACACUUGUGCGCUUGAUAUUUUUGCCACGUUUAUGACAUUGAAACAAUGACUCAGAUUGUCUUCGCUUUUUUGAUUUGUGCAUUCGGGACGGCGAGUUUCGUGGAUACAUAUCAGGACAGAUACAAUGAUUAUAAUAGCGUGGAUCAAGAACAGGAUGGAAAGAUCAUGAAUUCGCUAAUGAGUCUACUAUAUAAUCACAAAUAUAACAAGGAGAAACGUAGAAAUAUUGGAGAUGGAUCUAAGAAUUGGUUAGGACAAUGGAUACCUAGCGAUACAAAUGAUCUGAUACCACCCAAAGUGUUGCCAGAGAAUGAGCAACAAUAUGAAUAUCAAUCAGUGACAGAAUUUCCCAAUGAGAUACAUUGGACUGGACGCUGGAUGCCUGACAGACCCGACGAUCCAACACCUUCACCAAAAAUAUUCCCAGACAAUGACCAAAGAUUUGAAUAUGAAUCUGUGACAGAGGUUCCCCAUGAAAUGUUCAUGGGCCAUGUGUCACCAGAAUGUGAUGACGCUAAGACCAACCUAACUAUUGAUUGGGAUAAUUCCCCAUCAGAAUAUACAUGUUAUGGUCAUAAAAUUACGCCAAGUAUAAUUGCACCCAAAAUUUACUGUGAAAACAUCCCAAAAACAUACAAGGCUGCUCAUAAAUGUAUGAACCAAAAAAUUGAAUAUGAUGACGAUAUUCCUCUUUACGGCCCACACCGACCCUUGUGGCCAGUUUACGGAGAGUACAAAUAUGUACCCAAACAGAGAUGGCUGCAUAAUCUUGAGCAUGGAGCGAUUGUUAUGCUGUACCAUCCGUGUGCAAAUCCACUGGAGGUGAAUCGUUUGAAGAAUCUCGUUAGGAAGUGUCUCUGGCGACAUGUUAUUACACCAUACAAUUAUCUAGACGAGGAUCGUCCCUUGGCACUUCUAUCUUGGGGCUGCAGAUUGACUAUGUCUUAUGUGAAUCCCACGGUGGUGAAUCACUUUAUACAGAAAAAAGCUCUUCGCGGUCCGGAAAAAACUGCGGACGACGGUCAGUUUGAAGAUCGACUAUUAAGUCGAUCGAGUAUAGUGACAGAUCCACUGGAUUCUGUGCUUUGUCCUAAGAUAUAAUAAGUGAAUGUACGUGAUGAUACAAAUAGUGUGAUAUUUCCUGUAUUUCUGAGAUCUACAAUUAGCAGACACAUUUAUAUUUUGUACAUAUUUUUUUACGGAAUGUAUCCGAUUAUCAUUUUUUGUGAGAUUUGUUUUUUGUUGUGUAACAUUUAAGUAGAUGGCGUAGAAACUUAUUUAUUUGUAAUGUAAUUACUCAACAAGCUUUAUUCUUGUAAAAUCUUAAAUAUAGUAUAUAAAUAUCCA